AUGACCUCCGCAGCGCACAGCAGUCAUCCACCCGCCGGGAAUGGGGUGACUAAGCGCAAGUCAGGCUCCGCGGCCUGCGUCCACUGCCAUCGGCGCAAAGUCCGAUGCGAUGCCCGCAUCGUCGGCCUCCCAUGCUCCAAUUGCCGUUCCGCGGGAAAGACGGACUGUCGCAUUCACGAAAAGAAGAAGCGUCUGGCUGUGCGAUCAAUCCUUGACCCUGUUCCAAUCCGCUGUCGACCACCUCCUGCUUCUUCUGAGCCUACACACAGACAUUCUUUGCCCCUCACGGCUACAACCCCGCCUGACGCUUUCACCACCACCUUCCGCGGCGUCCAGCCGGAAGUGACAACGCCUGUCGCACCUCCCACCUCAAGCCUACAUAACCUUCAUCAAACGCUUAAUCAUAAUGUUAAUCAACACCCUCCCCAUAAUGGCGCCGGGUCUACUUCAGACUCUCCAACAUAUAACCGUCCUCCGGGCCCAGAUGUCUCGGCCGAAUCAGACUCGCAUGCGGAUUUGGAGAAACGACUAGUGAAGCUAAUCGAUGAGGAAGAAUCGGGCAGUCGGGAGAUUCGUCGGGGUGUGCGAGCUAUAUAUGUGGGCCAUGAGCUGUCGAACAUGUCUUUCUUGAUCCGUCAGCAACGUGACAAGGAUGACGACGUGUAUCACUUUGCAGGCAAUGAGAUUCCGCGACGACAGUUAAGGACCGGGCAUGAUCAGCUGCUCAUGGAUGCUCUCACUUUGCCUGAACCGGCCCUAGCAGAUGAGCUGGUGCAAGCUUACUUCGACCACGUCAACCCGGGGUAUCCUAUUAUUGACGAGGACCUGUUCAUGGCGCAGUAUCGCAAUCGAGACCCCGCUGAUCCUCCCCCAAUUCUGCUGCUACAAGCCAUCCUACUGGUGGGAGCCCAUGUCACUCGUCCCAAAGCAGAACGCGAUGCCCUCAAGGACAUUUUCUUCCGUCGUGCUAAGUGGCUGUUUGAUUCCCGUAUUGAGCGUAAUCGCGAUAUCCUGGUGCAAGCUGCCCUCCUCUUGACUUGGCACUCAGAUGGUGCCGAUGAUGAUGUCGCAGCGAAUGCGCACUAUUGGGUGGGUGUAGCUGCCAGGAUUGCUACUGGUCUUGGAAUGCACCGAAACCCUAUCUCCAGCCGGUUUGUCUCUCGUGAUCGCCGAAUGUGGAGGAGGCUAUGGUACAUCAUAGUGCAAUUCGACGUUAUGGUAUCACUUUCCUAUGGUCGACCGCAGGCAAUCAAUCUCGAAGACUCCGAUGUGUCUCCAUUGACAAUCUCCGACUUUGAAGGCUGCGGACCUCGUGUUCAAUCCGACUAUGUGAUCCAUUUCUCUGAACUCUCAGUGAUGAUCUCGUACAUCGUUCGAAGCCGCUUCGGACUACGAGUGAGUCCAGAGCGCCGCAAAGCCGUCCUCCUCGAAGCCGACGAAGCCCUUGCCAAUUGGUCUCUGAAACUGCCCGAUAAAUUACGUCUCCGAGCAUCCGACAUGGACCCCUGGUCCGCCAUGCUCCAUCUCACCUACAACAACUUCCUGAUCCUCCUCCAUCGCCCACACCCCCGAGCAUCCGCCUACUCAGACGACUACGGCCCACACGACGCCGAAAUCUGCAGUGCAGCUGCAGGAGUCAUCACCUCAAUCUUCGAAGAACUCCGAUUAAACGACCGCCUCAAGUUCCUGUGGUACUCCGGCGUCCACACCCUCUUCACAGCCAUGAUCCAAGUCCGCGUCGAACUCCGCUUCUCCAACCCCGUCCUAGCAAUCAACGCUCUCCGCCGCUUCGACUCAGCCUCCUACUCCCUCCGCGAACUAGCAAGCUACUGGUUUCACGCCAACACCAUCCUUCGCCUUUUCGAAGACUCCAGACGCCUCCAAGAAGACCUCCGAAUGGCCACCAGCGAACGACCACCCCGCCGCUUCAGCAACCCUCAAGACCAACUCAAAACCACCCUACACUCCACUACUUCCACAUCCACCUCCGCACCCACAACAAUGCAAACAUCACGAACCCCCAACCCAAACCCCACAGACCGCCCCCUUCCCUUCGAAGUCCCCACCCCAGACUCCUCCACGAACCACCUCCCAACAAGCCCACACCACAACCACCCUCAACCUCAGCCCCAACAACAACCUCACCAUCAUCAUCUCGACGCCUGGAUCCCCCCACCCCCACCCUCCGCCACCAUGACCCCCGUCGUCGACGCAAUCGACGCCGACGCGCCCCGCGAAUCCCUCGACUGGCGCCAACUCUUCUCCUUCACGGAUCUGGACCAACCCGUGCUACCAAUGGCCAUGGAAGGACUUCCCGAGUUAGAGGAUGAAUGGCGUCAGAUCUACUGGCAGGAGACUCCGAUGUCGGAUCUUCUGUUAGAUGGAGGGUGGAUGCAUGGAUGA